UCAUUUUUCAUACACCUAUAUAAACCCUCUCUGCUGCUUCUAACAAAUCAACUUGUGCUCACAUUUUUAGUUUCCUCAAAAACUCAUCUGAGUUCAUCUUUUUAACUCUCUUCUUCACUUUCUUUUCCUUCUCUUCCAUUUCCCAAAUGGCCACCAUUGAGGUUGAAUCAGCCCCUGUGGUAUUGCCAGAGCCUGAGGCAGCUCCAGUGGUUCAAACUGAGGAGAAAGUUGUAGAAGAGCCAGUGGCUGAAGCCCCUGCUGAAGAGCCAAAGGAAGAAGCUGCCCCUGAAGCUGUGAAGGCAGAGGAACCGGCACCAGUCGCAACCGAACCGGACGUUGAAACCAAGGAAGUGGUAGAGGAAGAGACAAAGCCAGAGGAGGCUGAGCCUGCAGUCGGUGCUUCCGAGCCCGAAGCACCGGUUGAGGCCGAGGAGAAGGAGGAAGAGGCUAAAGAGGAAACAGUGGAGGAGAAGACAGAAGAAGAAAAACCUCAGGAGGUGAAAAGUGAAGAUGUUGUUGAAGAAGAGAGCUCAGAAGCUGCAGCACCAGCUGAAGAAGAGAAGCCAAAAGCGGAGGAAUAAAGAGACAAUUUAAUGGGAAUGUUAAAAGUUGGUCGGAGGAGUUAGUUUUAUUUGUUGGUCUCAGUGUUUGGUUUAUGGAUCGAGGCAAAGUCAUGAGGGUUGGGAGUUAAAAUGACUGUAUUUUCAUAGUGGCAACUUUCAAUUUGAGUCGAAAAGAGUUUAAAACACAGAGUUGGAAUUUAAGGUCUGCCAAUAUGAGGAUAUGGAUGUCAGUCCCAGAAGAGUCAUUUCAUUCACUAUUCUGUGUGGUUGAAUAUGUUGUUCUCUAGCUUUGAAUAAAA